AAGGCUCUCCGCCAUGACAGACGCAUUUUGGCACAUUCUCCAGCAGCAGUCAGUCAAAGCAAAGUGACGCGGAGCAGCGGACGGCGAGUGUUUUGGAUUUACGGAAGAUAAAGUGGGCACUGGGAACCGUUUUCACGGCCGCUGUGCUUCCAGCCUGCUUGAAAAGAGUCAGCAUGUCCAGCGAGGUGCAGCCGAGGCCGGACGACAGCCCCAACACCAGCGGGGGGAGCUCCGACGCCGAGCAGAGGGAGGCGGCCCCUCCGGAGCAGCCCGGCCCCGAGCAGCGGGACCAGUCUCAGCCCAAGAAGAAGGAGGCCAAAAUCUCCAGCAAGACCGCUGCCAAGCUCUCCACCAGCGCCAAGAGGAUCCAGAAGGAGUUGGCAGAGAUUACUCUGGACCCACCACCAAACUGCAGUGCCGGCCCCAAAGGAGACAACAUCUAUGAGUGGAGGUCCACCAUCCUGGGCCCCCCGGGCUCUGUGUACGAGGGAGGAGUGUUCUUCCUGGACAUCGCCUUCACACCAGACUACCCCUUCAAGCCCCCCAAGGUGACGUUCCGCACCAGGAUCUACCACUGCAACAUCAACAGCCAGGGUGUGAUCUGCCUGGACAUCCUGAAGGACAACUGGAGUCCUGCCCUCACCAUCUCCAAGGUGCUGCUGUCCAUCUGCUCCCUGCUCACCGACUGCAACCCUGCGGACCCCCUGGUGGGAAGCAUCGCCACACAGUACCUGACCAACAGAGCCGAGCACGACAGGAUAGCCAAACAGUGGACCAAACGCUACGCCACAUAGAGCCGCGCUCACCCCAACGUCAUGUCCAACACUUCCUGUCCUCCGGCUCUGCGGAAUCAUCCACCCUAACCCCCACCUACGCCCCCACCCCGCUGACAUAUGAACUGUUCUUUGUUCCAUGCUGACUUGAAAAGCUUCUUUUUAUACAAAGAGUCUAUUGGGAUUGUAUUUUCCAAUACACUGAAUGUUGAUAUGGUCAUGAAAAGCUUUAAUACUGUUAUUGUUCUUGUUGAUGUUGCUGUUCUUAAUGCAUUGUUUAUACCAUGGUUGCCACUCUGGUCAUGUCCUUUAUUGAAACGUGUGUGUGUGUGUGUGUGUGUGUGUGUGUGUGUGUGUGUGUACUAUCCAUGGGUCAUGUAAUGUAAAAAUGUUCAUACUGAGUGAGAGUGAGUGUGGUUUUCUGUUUCCGGUCAGUAAUAGUGCAUGGCGUCUGGAUGUGUGUUCAUGCAGUGUCGUCAUGGUAUCCGUUGUGUUCCUGCAGACUUGUGGCAUGGACUGAGCUCAUCAUCAUGUAUGACAUUUGGUGUUAGUUUGCUGUACAUUUAUUGCCUUGUGGGAAUACAUAGUGAAUUAAACACUGGCUGUAAUGUGACA